AUGGGGGCUGCACUGUCGACUUGCAGCUCGAAGAUCCCCGAUUGGUGUCCGAGGAUCAUGGGGUCUUUCUGUAUGAGUUUGCAAGUUCUCCCUGUGUGUACGUGGGGUUUCCUCCCACAGUCCAAAAACAUGCUCAGAUUAUUUGGUAACUCUAAAUUGUCUGUAGCUGUGAAUGUGAGUGUGAUUGUUUGCUUCUCCGUGUAGCCCUGUGACAGACUGGUUACCUGUCCUGGGUGUCCUCUGCUUUCACCCUAAGUCAGCUGUGAUAGACUCCCCCAUGACCCUAAUGAGGAAGCGGUGUGUAAAUAAUGGAUGGAUGGAUGGAUGUCUGGAUGGGAUCUUUAAAGAGUUAGACUAUUUUGCUUUAGUUUAAGUUGUCCAGUUUAGUCCUUUAGCUUGUCUUUUUCAAAAGCUUGUUCAGUAACAAAAGUAGCGCAUCUUUGUCUAAAACACUGUCCUUUUCGGUUCUUUUCUCAGCUCCUUAUUUUUUUUGUCCCUCUGCUUUUAAGAUUUAGUUUCUUACAAAUCCUCUUCUCCAGUGACUCAAAAAUGUGAGGUGCUUCCAGGACAUUCCUCUUGGUGGCACUGAAGUUCUGUUAACCAGGCAGCCUUAGUUUAUACUUGAAAGUUUUAUUUUCUAUUUACUUUGCGCAAAACUAUUUUGUUAGUUACUUCUCUGCUUAGGCUCCUCAAAGCCUGACAAUAAUUUUCUGAAGUUGGAAUUUCUGUCUAUUUUAUAGCAAAGUGAUAGAAACAUCUGGGCCCUUAAGUCAUCAUGUGUAUCUAUCAAAUGUAAUACAAGUGUGCAGAGAGUAGAAGGCAGGCUGCUCUCAGACAAUCAAAGUAAGAAAAGGAAAUCUUUUACUGAGAGGUUCGUAUCAAUCAACAUAUUAUUGAUCACAGUGGAUCGAUGUUUUUAAAAAUAUAUUUAUUAGAAGAAACAUUCAUAUUUCAGAAGACAGCAGAUAAGUAGUGUAAAGUUUCAUAUCUUCAUUAAAAUAAAUGUCUGUCACACAAACACAGCAGCUUUCCUCAGAGAAAGACUUGCCUAGGAUUUUCAUGAGGCAGCACAACUCUAAGAGAGGAUGUUUAAGAUGCUGGAUGCAGUUCUGCUUAUUGGCCACUUGGUAGAAGCUGUCCACCAGGAAAUAUCCUGCAGGAACAUGGCCAGUACAAACUGUGAGAAUACAUACAUUUAUUCAAGGACAAUACAACUGGAAGAUAUUUGAUCUGUUUUUGUUUUUUCUUUUUUUCUUAUCAUUUUUAUGCUGCUUACAGCUUCUACUCUACAUUUCAGAGCUAAAUAUUACACUUUUCACACUAAUAUUUUUAUCUGUUGUUAUUUCACAGAUCAUGAUUGGAAUGAUUGUGUAAAAAUAUGCAUCAUAUAACUACCAUGCACAAAUUAGUAUUACAAGUAUGGGCCACAAAGACUGGGUCAUAAUCCAGAAUUCACCUUAGUUUGUACAAAGCAGCUUCUUCUUGAUUAUCAGCAUUAAAAUCUAAUUUUCAUAUUGAUGCAUCAGUAGUAAUUAAUGGAAAAUAUUACCGAUGGAAUAUUCUUUUGGUACAUGUUGCUGAUAAUACUUAUUUUUACAUUACAAUUUGCUGGUGCUGGUGGUGGUGGGGCUCCACAGUGGUGUAGUGGUUAGCACCUUUGCCUUGCAGCAAGAAAAUCCCUGGUUCACAUCCCAGCUUUCCCGGGUGCGUGCGUGCGUGCGUGCGUGCGUGGGUGCGUGGGUUUUCUCCAGGUACUCUGGCUUCCUCCCCCAGUCCAGAAAUAUGCUGAGGUUAAUUGAUGACUCUAAAUUGCCCCUAGGUGUGAAUGUGAGUGUGAUUGUUUGUCUGUAUAUGUAGAUUGGUGACCUGUCCAGGGUGUUCCCUGCCUUCACCUGAGUCAGCUGGGAUAGGCUCCAGCAACCCCAGUGAGGAUAAAGCGGUGUAUAGAAGAUGGAUGGAUGUUGCUGGUGGUAUAGAGCAUGACUACAUAAAGAGAAAAUUAGCUUUUCCCACCAAUGGUGUGAACUCUUAUUUAUUAUCAUGUUCUCUGCAGAAGUCAAAACCAAGAUACGGAACACUUUAAAACAUCAUGCAGAAAUUUAGUCCUUUUUCCUUUUUUGAAUGUAAAUUAAUGAGUUUUGUUGGUUUCUAGUUAAUUCAAGGUUGUUGUUUUUUUUAAUUUAAGACAACAUUAGAACUUCAGUUCUGUAAAUGAAACAUGAGUUCUAACUUUGGCCAUUUCUAAAAUAAGAAGCUCAAUGAAUAAAGCCAGCAUAUUAACAGACUUUUGUUCCUACACUGUCUGUUACUGUGCUAAUUUUGUUCUGACGUGCCUCAGAGCUAUAAUUAUGAAUGACCCUGAAGCAUUAAUUUGGUACUGUGCAUCAGAUGGUGACAUUUAUGUCAUAUAUGAGCUGUACACUUUCCUUUAUUGAAGAAUUAAAAUGAAACACAAAUUAAGCCUUCAAGGAGUCAUUGUUCUAUAGAUAAAACUGAAGGGAAGACAGUGUCAGGCUCUGAGGCUCCAUAUACAAUUAUCUUUAGAUUUACAUCUUAGCUCUCAAACUUUCAUCAAGAACAACAUUCAUAGUGGGACAAAGACAUUGUUAUGUUAUACAGAGCACACCUAAUUAUGGAUCAGAUGGUGAUUAGAUGGCAAUGUUCUGCUAUUGUGAUGGGACAAAAAAAAAAAAUCAAGAGCCCUUCACAAACUCAACAUUAGCUUAACAUCCACUCAAAAUACAAUGACUGAUGAUCUGAAAGAAGCCAAGAGGGCCAAAAACGUCAUCCAAAUACGAGCGAAAUAAGAUAAGAUAAACUUUAUUGAUCUCACAAAGGAGAAAUUUUCUGUUACAGGGCUCUGAGGAACAAAAAACAGAGGAGUGCAAAAAGUCACGAAAGUGCAAGUACAAGAUAAUAAAUAUUGCACAUAAUAAUAACUACACAGUAGUGUUAUAUAGUCUGAUGGCAGUGGGGAUGAAGGACCUGCGGUAGCGCUCCUUCUUGCACUGUGGGUGUCCGAGUCUCGUGCUAAAGGAGCUGCUCAGCUCCGCUACAGUCCGGUGCAGUGGGUGGGCGCUGUUGUCCAUGAUGGAUGAGAGCUUGGUCAACAUCCUCCUCUCACCCACAACUAUCACAGAGUCCAGUGGGCAGCCCAGGACAGAGCUGGCGCUCUUGGUCAGCUUGUUCAGUCUCUUCAUGUCCGCUGUGGUCAUGUGCUGCCCGGGGCCCAGCAGAUGACAGCGUAGAGGAAAGCAGAGGCUACCACAGUGUCAUAGAAAGUCCUUAGUAGAGGUCUGCUAUAUCACCUUCCCAAUAAAAUUACUCAGCAGUGAUGCUGUUAUUUUGAUGGGAGCAGAAGCAGCUUUUAUUGUGACAGUGCUGCUUGAGGAGUUUUAAAUUUCAGAGACAGAAAUAACCGCAGAGCAGAGCCAUGUUUCUGUCAGUGCUCGCCAUGUUUCCGUUUCUGUUGGUGUUUCUGGUCCUCAGCGUCACCAUGUCUGGAAACAAACUGGCUUCAGUAGAUUUCGAGGUUUUUGGGAACGUUCAGGGUGUAUGCUUCAGGAUGUACACCGAGGAUCAGGGUCGCAGUCUGGGCCUCAGCGGUUGGGUGAAGAACACCAGACAGGGAACUGUGAUUGGUCAGAUCCAGGGACAUCCGGACCGAAUCAAUGACAUGAAGCUGUGGCUGAAGAACGUCGGCAGUCCGAGUUCUCGAAUCGACCGAACCGUCUUCUCCAAUGAGCGAGACAUUUCCAAACUGGAGAUUCACGGUUUCUCUACUCGCUACUGAGCAUGCUCAGAAAGAAAUGAUGCUAAUGAUUGAUUAUUGAUUGUUCUUGUUUCUGAUCCAGUUGCAGUGAGUUCAGCUUUAGAUCUGAGUUGGUUUUUAUGGCUAUCUGACAUUUAGUUUCUGGUAGCAGUUAGCAUCUGAAGCUUCUCCUUGAUUUUCUGGGUUACCAUGGUAACCAGGAGUCCUGAAGAAUCUAGCAUGUGAUUGGUUGGCUGAACUGGAGCAACAGUAAUCAGAAACGAUAUGCUGAUAAUCAAUAAAGGUUUAAUCUAAUCAGGCUGAAUAUGUUUCCUCCCUGGCCCUAAUCCUACCAACAUUAGCAGCAACAUUAGCAGGUGAUUCAUCUUCUAAAACAGGAACUUCAACUUUAGGAUGUUUCUGCUGCUCUGUCGCAGUCUAUUACCCGGUUGUUUGUUAUUUACCUGUUUGUUUAUUCACCUGCUUAUUUACCUAUUUAUUCAUCUGUUUAUCUACCUGAUUGUUUAUUCACCUGUUUAUAUACCAGUUUGUUUAUUUUCCUGAUUGUUUAUUUGCCUGUGUGUUUGCUUAUUAAUUUACUAUUUUGCUUGUUUGUUUACCUGUUAGUGAUUAUCUGAGACAGAAUAAAGACAGAGUACAGCUUCA